ACGAGUAGCGGUACGGAUAGGAGAACGGCGAGAGAAUUGUUCGGCGGGACGACACCGCGGAAAUCAGAUGGCGCGUCGAUCGGCACGUGGGUGCGAGGGCGGAAAGGGUGUCGUCCCAUAGCGUAAUCGAGAAGAACCGUCCGAAGAGACAGGUGCGUCCGCCAUGGGCGUCUCGGGCAGCAGAACCGCCGAUCUAACCGACGAAGACGUGGAAUUUCUCAAGAGUCGCACGAAUUACCAAGAAGAAACCAUCCGGGAGUGGUACCGCGGAUUUAAAGAAGACUGUCCGAGCGGAAAGGUGAGCGAAGAGAAGUUCGCCGAGAUGUACAAGUCGCUGUUCGAUAGGGGAGACCCUCGCCGAUUCUGCCACCACGUCUUCAGGACCUUCGACGCCGACGGAAACGGAUUCGUCGACUUCAAGGAGUUUCUGUUGGCCGUGGCCGUCACUUCCGGCGGCUCGGCGGAAGAGCGCCUGCGCUGGGCCUUCCGGGUGUACGACGUGGACGGAGACGGGUUCGUCCGGGCCGAAGAGAUGAAGAAAGUCCUUCGGUCCGUGUACGAGAUGGCCGGAGAGACGCCGGAUGGACAGACGCCGGAGGAGAGGACCGCCGCUAUUUUCCGCAAGAUGGAUUCCGACCGAGACGGAAAGUUGAGUCGAGAAGAAUUCGUGUCGGCCUGUCUGCGCGAUCCCGGCCUGCUGCGCCUGUUGGAAGUGGACUCCGUUGGCCCGGGCUGCUAGCCCGGCCUCUUCCACCCGGGGAGAUUCUCCCACCGUCGUCGGCCACUGCCGCUUUCGUCCUUCCGACGACGAUUUCUGUUCGUCUUUCCGACAAAGUGGUGAAUUCCGUCCGGCAAUUCCGCGUCGGAAAUCGAACCCGCAUUUGCCUCGUCCUCGGGCUGCAAAAAGGAAAUGGCGCCAGGCGGGUGGGGUCGUAGACUGGAAGGUAUUAUUUUGUCGGCAUUUAUUUUAUAUGCGGUAUUCUCUUGUACUUUGUUCUCUCGUUUACCCUUUUUACUUUUGUAUCAAAUUGGGUUUUUCGGGCUUCUCUUUACACAAUAAAGCUUAUUUUUACACCGAAAA